UUUAUUUUAUUUUAUUUACUUUAUUUUGAAAAAGAUCCAUGUAGUUUAAUUGCGUGUAUUGUUCCUAACAAAAUUCCCAUGAAACAAUAAUUUAUUAAGCAAAAAAUAUUUAAUUUACAUAUGUAUUCAUCAAAAUGAGGGCUAUCAAAUCCAAAUUUUUUUGUAAAAAUGCAAAAAUAUGAUUAUUUAUCAUAAAUAGAAAGCGAUCGAUGUCCACCCGCUCAGACCUACGGCCGAAUGUGCUGACUUUUGGAUCAGGGUUGGGUUGAAUUGACAUUCUUCGAUAAAAACACAUCAAAUUAAGACAUUCCUCUUGAGAAAUUGUGAACAGCAAAUGAGAAGGCAUGCUGUUGUACUGAGCCAUCUCCAUUUAGUUCAAUUUAGUCCUCCAAAAAGUAUAUAUCUUUGCACCAAACCGAAUUGGAGAAAUCUCCACUGAAAAGCGAUGAGCCAUCAGCCACAAGUCGACUGCGAUACCUGCUCUGCAUCGUUCACCAAACUGACUCUUGCCCUCCUCCUCGUAGUUCCAGUCGGUGCUGCUGUUUAUUUCUGGAGGAAAAAAUGCAUUUUAGAACAUCAACUCCAUAAUUUAGAAGGCGAUAUGUUUACAGAUUACCAUCUACUGGAGAAAAUAGGACUUAACAGAUCAAGGAAAAAGAGCAGAAUAAAUCAAGAGCUGCAUCAAAAGAGCCUUAUUGGGUCUGGGAUCAAAGGUGAAAGCAAAAGCUUCUAUCAAACAAGCAUGGGUUUCAGUAGUAGGCUCAAUGCUGAAUACCAGAAAAACAUUGUACAUAAAGAGAAAGAAGCCUGCAUUCCGACCAACCUGAAAAAGGAGAGUAAACUACAAAAACCGACUGAGAUAGGACACAUCAAAGAUCCGUAUUCGAAAAAGAAUUUGGCCAGCACUGUCAACUGGCUAUCAAAGACGCUCCAGGCGACCAAUAUGUCUCUUCUUGAGUUGAUGGAAGCUGUUAUGCAAGUCACAAACGAUGUUAAAGUUAUUCAUGGAGAUAAUUUGUACAUAUCGAGACGCCUCACUGUUUUGGAAAAUCAAUGUCCUAAGUCCCAAAGAAAACUAUAAUGUUAUAUUCUGCCUUCCGUCAAAUUAAAUUAUCAUUAUAAAAU